AUGGAGUACAGGGGGAAGUUGGAGAAAGUAAAUUUGAUUGGCUGGUGGAUCACAGGUGGCUUAAUUGGAAAACUCGAUGAAGGAGAAAAGAUUGUUUGCAAUCUUGCCGAUGCCUUCUUGCUAGAGAGUUCUUGGAAUGGAGAUUCUGCUUUUGUCCAAAUGAGAGAGGAGCUUGUGGUUGAACGCUGCUCCAAAAUCAGCAGCAUAGUGACUCAUGAAGUUCCUGGUGGACAUAGAUGGUUUCAACGGCUAACAUGCCUUCCAAAGUUGAAGAAGUUAUCACUUCAUUACAUGCCUAAAUUGGUCAGCAUCUCCAGUGGUGUACGCAUUGCUCCAACAUUAGAAUGGAUGAGCUUCUAUAAUUGCCCGAGCCUUCAAACUCUUUCUGACAUGGAGGAUAUUGAUUUGAUGACUCAGUUAGCAGAAAUUGGCAUUCAACGUCUGGCUCCCAAGCAAGAGAGAAAGCCUUCUCAACAGUCAGGUUCAGAUGGCUCUGUGAAGGCCCCUGCAGUAGAGGAAGGAACCACCUUGGAGGAGAAGCAGCUUUAUGAGCCUGCGCCAUUGUCACCUUUUUCCAUAGAGGAAGGUGGCUCCAUUAAAGCCCCUGCUGUAGAUACAGGAACCGCCUCAAAGGAGAAGCAGCUUUCUGAGCCUGCAUCGUUGCCUUUUCCCACAGAGGGCAGUGACUCCAUGAAGGCUCCUGCAGUAGAGGGACGAACCACCUCAGAGGAAAAGCAGCUUUAUGAGGCUGUGCCAUUCCCGUUCCACAGAGAGGGUGGUGACUCCAUAAAGGCCCCUGCAGAAGAGGCUGGAACCACCUUAAAGGAGACACAGCUUAGUAAGCGUGUGCCAUCACAAAGGCGGAAGAAACUAGUGUUGAAGAUGGAGUCAUUGAAUGACAAAAUCAAGAAUAAGGCCAUGAAGAUUGUCUCUCGAUUUCCAGGGGUGAGUUCAAAAUAUAUUAGCCCAGACGGAAAUGAUCAAAACAGUACUAGCAAGGUUUCCUUGGCUUCAGUGCCUCCAACUCCUCGAAGUGAGGGUGACAUCUUGCAGUCCCCAAAUUUGAAGAAUUUCACGCUUGCAGAGCUCAAAAUGGCCACCAGGAAUUUCCGCGCUGAUGGCUUGCUAGGAGAAGGUGCUCUUGGUCGAGUUUUUAAGGGGUGGAUUGAUGAACAUUCAUUUGCUGCUGGUGAGCCUGGGACUGGUGUGGUUAUUGCUGUCAAAUGCCUUAAGCUAAAAAGUUUACUAGGUCCCAAGGAGUGGUUUGCAGAAAUUAAUUGUCUGGGACAGCUUUAUCAUCCUCAUAUUGUGAAGCUAAUAGGUUUCUGCUCAGAGGAUGAGCACCGGCUUCUGGUGUACGAAUACAUGCCACGAGGCAGCUUGGGGAAUCAUCUAUUCAGGAGAGAACCUCUUUCUGGGCACAUCCGCUUGAAGGUUGCUCUUGGUGCUGCAAAAAGGCUUGCUUUUCUUCAUAGUGCUGAGAAACAAGUGAUACAUCGGAACUUCAAGACUUCAAAUAUCCUGCUUGAUUCAAACUACAAUGCAAAGGUUUCUGGUUUUGGACUGGCCAGGUAUGGUCCAACAGGUGAUGAAAGUCAUGUCUCUACCAGGGUCAUGGGGACCUGUGGAUAUAUAGCUCCAGAAUAUAUAGCUACAGGUCGUCUGACUGCCAAGUGUGACGUAUAUGGUUUUGGAGUUGUUCUCCUGGAAAUAUUAUCUGGUCAAAGAGCAGUGGACGGGAAUCAGCCCCCUGGAAAACAGAAUCUUGUUGUAUGGGCCAAGCCCUACCUGGGCAACAAACGCAAAAUCUACCGUAUAAUGGACAACGGUCUUGAGGGUCAGUACUCACUGGAGGGAGCCCAUAAGGCAGCUAGCCUUGCAUUACAAUGCCUAUCCACGAUAUCCCAGUUCAGGCCAAGGAUGACGGAGGUUGUAGCAGCAUUGGAGCAGCUCCAGGAUUGCGAGGAACCAGAAAGCACCAGCAGCAAUUCAAGUGAUGGGGCGAAGCAUAGGAGACAAAGUGCAGAUGAUGUCAGGAAUGAAAAACAUGCUGCUGCUGCUGCUGCUGCCUCCUUUCCUCAAAGUACAGUUGAUGCUAGGAGAAAAAAAUCAGUUCGUACGGUAGGGACCCAUGUCUUGAAUCCCCACUCAACCCCAACUACCACUUGA